AGUGCUGCGGCCUUCUAUGCAGCUAGCGAGGGAAACGUAGGUCGUUGUCGUCGAAAUGAGAUAAUAAGCACUUUGCCCUCUUCGAUAAGAAACGCCUAUAAAAGGGAGUGCGAGCCUGCAUCCUACGCAUCAGUCGUUUCCUAAUCGACCAAGGAGAAAACAGCUGCGCGUGCGAGAUGAGGUGCUUAUUCGCGAUUAUUCUAGCCGCGACUAUCCUUUUGGUCGCGGCAGAGGGCAAGGCUGUUCCAACCGAGGGCGAGCAGUCAGGCACGCAACCCCAAUUGUCGGAUUACAUCCGGGACGCCCAAACUGCCAUCAGCAGCUUGGGCACUCAGAUUCAGGAGCAUCUCAACUUGCCUAACCAAGAGGAACUUGCCAAUACCUUCAAGGAGCAGAGCACCAAUUUCGCCAACAAUGUUCAGGCGUACCUGCAAAACAUAACCGACGAGGUCAAGGCCAAGAGUCCUGAAUUGGAAGAUUUCUGGACAAAUAUGAAGACCAAACUGUCCGAAGCUGUCGACAAUUUACAUAUCAAUCCCGAAACGACGGAGCAAGUGAAUCAGCUGCGCGCCAAGUUUCAAGAGGGCGUACAGACUCUCGUAACGGAAUCGGAGAACGCCGCCAAGACCAUCAGUGAGAAUUCCGGCAAGGUUCAAGAGAGUAUCGCCAAGAUUACCAAGCAGGCGAUCGACAUCGCUGUGAAAGCUUCGCAAAACUUGAACCAACAGUUGCAGCAGGCUACGACGCCGCAACCAUAACGAUUGACAAAUUAUUCUCGUGUAAAUUAGUAUACCGCGAACGAUUGUCUUGGACGAUUGAAAUUUUCGUCCGCAAGAGGAGGAGGAUUUUUCUCCACAUUCACCAAGUCAAUCUAUGUAAUUUUACACCAUGUCGUAAACAUACUUGAAUAAAAGUACUCGAUUCUUUAUGUU